UUUGAAGUGUUGCUUUCAUUAGUGGAAAAAGACAGUGAAAGAGAGGAAACAAAAAGUUCACACCCCCCCUUACACCCCCCACAGAAAUACUUGAAUUUUCAUUGAUGAAAUCUGAAUUUUUUUUCUUCUGACUGAUUCUCUCUUAUUAUUACCACGUAUGCAUGCAAGGGUCAUUCAAUUUGUUUGAUUACUUCCAAAAGUAGGAGAAUCUCAAUCUCACUGACCUUAUCAUAUAGUACAAUAUUAUUAUAUAUGUUUCUCAAUUUCUGAGAUAAAUAGUAUAUAUGAGCAGUGUUGUAUAUGUGGUAUAGCAAAGGUUUUAUUUCAUCUACUCAAAAAUAGUUAUAUGGAAUCUAAGAUGAAUAGUUUUGUUGAUGAUGAGAAGUACAAAGAUGAAGAUCAAGAUUUGGAAUUGGAACAAGAAGAUGGUGGUGGCCAUGAACAUGAUCAUCAAGAGGAAAAUAGUGAGAUUCUUAAGACAAGAAUCUCUAAUCAUCCUCUCUAUGAACUUCUUGUUCAAGCUCACUUGGAUUGUUUGAAGGUUAGUGACAUUUCUAACAUGGAGACAGAGAAAAAAGGUAAGAAGAAAGCAAUGAAGAAACCAAACUUGGAUAUGUUAAGCCAAUCUGAGCUUGAUCUCUUCAUGGAAGCAUAUUGUUUGGCACUUAAUAAGCUAAAAGAAGCAAUGGAAGAACCACAACAGAAUUCCAUGGAAUUCAUAAACAACAUGCAUUCACAACUUAGGGAGCUAACUCAAGCAACUACACCUUCACCUACUGAACAAGCAGCUACUACAUCUUCAAGUGAAUCCACAUUCAGAAGAAACCCAACAAUUUAAUUAGAGAUUGACUUGAUUUUCAGUGUGGUAGUAGUGCAUGCAAUAUCUCAAGCUAGGUUUAUUUUAAUUAAGGUUUUAAUUAUUGUCAAAUUGUCAUGUCCUGUUUGAAAUUCUAUUUAUCUGAAAUUAAUGGCAAAUUAUUUAAUGUUGUUAUAAAUUAAUCUACAAU